AUGACCCUGCUCAGCAGCAGCCCCGACAGCGAGCGCGGCCCGCUCCGCCUCGCAGUGUCCGGCGGCCACACCAGCCCCAACCUCUGCGGCAGCGGCGGCGCCACGAGCCCCGUGCCGAUCAGCCCAGCGGACCUGCUCUCGGCAGCCGCCGCCGCGGCGCAGCAGCAGCACCAGCGGCAGCUAGCAGCGGCGGCUGCCGCGUUCUGCGGCGCGCCUGACACCGACGGCUGCUGCCCCACCAUGCCUGUGCAUGCGCUCAGUUCCGCCGGCUCCUGCGGAACCGUCGCCAGCGGGGGCGCGCUGGGCGCAGAUGACAGCGCGCGCAAGCUCGCCAUCCUCGGUUUGCCCUGGGAGACGACCGAGGACACCCUGCGCCUCCACUUCAGCCAGUACGGCGUCGUCGACGCCGCAGAGGUCAUGAAGGACCGCUUCAGCGGCAAGAGCCGCGGCUUCGGCUUUGUCACGUUCGUCGACCCCCUGUCCGCGCGCCACGCGCUCAGCUGCGAGCAUGUCAUCGACGGCCGCCGCUGCGAGGCCAAGGUCGCGCUGCCCAAGGCUCUGCUGCUGCAGGGCGACGGCGCCGGCGGCGCCGGCGCCGGCGUGGGGGCCGGCGCGGGCGGCGUGCGGACGACGCGCAUCUUUGUGGCGCGCAUCCCUGCAGCCGUCAGCGAGAGCCAGUUCCGCGGCUACUUUGAGAAGUUUGGGCGCCUGCAGGACGCCUACAUGCCCAAGGACCACUCCAAGCAGGCAUACCGCGGCAUCGGGUUCGUCACCUUCGCAUGCCCAGAGAGCGUGGAGCGCGUACUCUCAUGCAAACACUGGAUGAAUGGCCACGAGAUAGCCAUCGACCGCGCCACCCCCAAGGACGACGGCAGGGCCCCCGCGCCCGCCUCCGAUGCCAUCCUCCGCCCCGCCGCCGCGGCCGCCGGCCCGCGCCGCUCCUUCGACAACGGCGCUGGCAUCGUCGGCCCCGGCCUCACGCCCGUCAUGAACUACAGCAGCCUGCUCGGCGCCGCCGCCGCCGCCGCCGCCUCGGCGCCCUUCAGCGGCGCCGGCGCCGCCUCCGACCCCUUUGGCGCCGCCAUCGCCGCCGCGGCCGCCGCGUCGUGCUACCAGCUGCCCGGCCACGACUCUGCCGAGGUCGCGGCGGCGGCGGCGCUGCCGGACCUCGCGCGGCGCUUCGAGGAGCUCGGCUGCCCCGGCGCGGGCGGGCUCGGCAGCCCGCAGGCGCACCACCACCCGCUGGCGGCGCUGCACGCGGACCCGCUGCCGAAGCGCGCGUCGGCGCCCGGCGACGCGGGGCUCGGCGCGGGGUCCUUUGGGGCCGGCGGGCUGGGGGGCCUGCUGGGCGGGUUUGGCGGGCUGUCCACAAGCGCGGCGCUGCAGAACCUGGCAAAGGCGCAGGCGGCGCUGGGGCCGUACGGCAUCGGCAUGGGCAUGACGAUGGGCAUGGGGCUGCCUGGCCUUGGCAUGGGGCUCGGGCUGGACAUGCCCCUGUUUGGCGGCUCGCCCUACACAGACGGCCUCUACAAGCCCCCCAUGACGCAGCCCGGCCUGGGCGCCCCCCGCAAGUCCCUCGACGGCCAGCAGCACGCCGCCGCCCUUGCCGCCGCCGCUGCUGUCGCGCCGCGCGGCGGAUGCGGCGCCGGCACGGGCGCGGGGAACGGCGCCGGCGCGGGCGCAGCAGCGCAGCGCCACCAGGGGGACAACCCGGUGAUCAGCCACGCGCGCGCGGGGCCCAGGAUAUUUGUGGGCAAGCUGACUAAGGACACGACUGAGGCUGACGUCAAGGAGUACUUCAGCAGCGCCGACCAGUGA